GGAAGCGGAGGAGGGAGAGGGAGGGGGAGGUGGAGGGAUGGAGCAGGCGACCAUGCCGAAUGAGGGGGAGGGAGGGAGGGAGGGGGGGGUACGGAGGGGAGGGCGGGGAGAGGAAGCAGAGCGGCAUUAGAUUAAAUGAGGUGAGAGUAAUUCAGGCAUUAAUCAAGCCGGGGCAAAAGGGAGGGUGUACUUUUUCUUUUUUCCUUUUUUUUUCUACACCGACCCCUCCCCCCCACCUCCUCUUCUUCUUCCUCCUCCUCCUCCAUCCCCCCCCCCCCCCCCACUGCCCGCCCUCCACAUCCACCCCCCCCCACACCCCCCAUCGUCCCUUUGCUCCGCUGUGCUGGAGAGAGCGAGAGACAAGGUGUGAAUGAGGGGAAGCCUGCGUUGGAGGCUUGCACAAGCAGGGUCACAGCAUCUGAAACAUGGCCGCGUCCAGCACCAAUGUCCAGUCUGCAGCCGACCAGAAUGGAGCGGUUCCGGGGGAACCGGCAAAGCAGGAUGAGAACUCGCGGCGAGGGAACUGGGGGAACCAGAUUGAGUUCAUCCUCACCAGCGUGGGCUACGCCGUGGGCCUGGGCAACGUCUGGCGCUUCCCUUACCUCUGCUACCGCAAUGGAGGAGGUAGGACCCCCUUUCUCCCGGCCCAAUCCACUGGAGUUUGCCACAAUUUUCCCCCCAAGUGUAAAAAAGUCAACGCUAAUCUUUCUUGCUCUCUCCCCCCCCACCCGCUCGCCCCCCACUACAGGGACAGCAUCAUCAUCAGCAUCACCAACUGCGCCACCAGCGUGUACGCCGGCUUCGUCAUCUUCUCCAUCCUGGGCUUCAUGGCGCACACGCUGAACGUGCCCGUGUCCGAGGUGGCGGACCACGGCCCCGGGCUGGCCUUCGUGGCCUACCCAGAAGCCCUCACCCUGCUGCCUGUCUCGCCCCUCUGGUCCAUGCUGUUCUUCUUCAUGCUCAUCCUCCUGGGACUGGGAACCCAGUUCUGCCUGCUGGAGACGCUGACGACGGCCAUCGUUGACGAGAUCGGGACAGACUGGAUCAUCAAGAACAAACCCAUUGUCACCCUUGGCGUGGCCAUCAUAGGGUUCUGUCUGGGAGUUCCUCUGACCACACAGGCCGGAAUCUACUGGCUGCUGCUUAUGGACAACUUCGCUGCUAGCUUCUCCCUGGUCCUCAUCUCCUGCAUCAUGUGCAUCUGUGUCAUGUACAUCUACGGCCACAAGAACUACUUCAAAGAUGUGGAGAUGAUGCUGGGAUUCCCCCCACCGCUCUUCUUCAGGAUCUGCUGGAGAUUCAUCUCCCCCCUCAUCAUCUCAUUCAUCCUCAUCUUCACGGUGAUCCAGUACAAGCCCAUCACCUACAACGACUAUGUGUACCCCGGCUGGUCCCUGGGCAUCGGCUUCUGCAUGGCCAUGUCCUCAGUGAUCUGCAUACCCAUCUACGCUCUCUACAGGAUCUCCAGGUCUCCCGGGGCCACCUUCAGAGAGCGGUUAAGGAACGCGUGCAAGGCGGACCCCAAGUGGGGCCCCGCCCUGAGGGAGCACCGGGUCGGCCGCUACGCCCCCAUGGUGUCCGGAGCCGAGGACGGCCUGGAGGUGCUGCCCCUCAAGGAGAAGGAGGAGACGAGGGAGAAGGAGGAGCUGAAGGAGGAGGAGGAGGCGCGGGAGAGGAAGGAGGACGUCUGUCUGACCAUCCAGCAGGGCAGCAACGGCUCCACCGCCACGCAAAACACCCCCAACCCCGCCGUGGCGUAGACGCCGCAGUACCACCCCCGCCAAUAGAGGGCGACACACCUGUCUGCCUCCUCCUCUUCCCCCACCCUCUCGUUAUUCCUCCCCCCAUCCUAUCUCCUCAGUCCACCCACAAGCACCUCCCUCAUCCCACUUUCCCACAAUGCAAUGUGGGGGAGGUCCCACCCACUGGAGAUCCUUACAUAUUGUAGGGGCUUAUUAUUUCUGACCUAACCUCUUCCGUCUCUGUGUGUGAGUGUCGACUCUAGAGCAAAUAAGGAGAAGAAACAAAACAAAAGAAUAGGAAUCACAGAUGAUUUUUUUUCGGAUAGGGUACAUAGAGGUGUUAUUGUUUGUUUUGUUUCGCAUAAUUUAAUAAUGGCGUUCAUUUUUUUUCUUUACUUUCCAUCUUUUUUACAAACACCCCCUCCCCCCAACCCAACGUCCUCGUAUGCAGAAUCGGUUUCUGAGGGUGGUACCGAUGGCCACACCCUCUCAUUCAAAUGACCAUCGAGCCCAAAUCACCAACCACUGUCCCCUGCGGGUUCAAACAGCUAGCAUAGCGGGACACACACUGUCGUGUGGUCCUGCCGUGGGGGGCAUCGCUCCGCAUGCAGACACUUGGAUGUCAAGUGAACAUCUCUUGUGGGUUAGACCGUCCUCGAGCAUGUUCUGCUGGUUACGAUCAACCAUGACGUUCUGAGGACCUGCUUUAUGAGGACACACACACACACACACACACACACACACACACACACACACACACACACACACACACACACACACACACACACAGCAACAAUGAUCAGAAUUGUUGUUAAAGCUAUCGUAUAAUACAAUGACCUCAAAGUCGAGCUCCACUAAGGACAAGACCUCUUUUACUUUUAGGCCGAUCACAAGUAUUGCACAAGCACAAUGAAUGGCUUGCUAACAUUGAGGGUCCUCACUAAGCUCAAUUUCCCCAGGGAGUGUGAGGAUGGAUUGACUGUUUACUGUAAAGCUGCUACCCUUAUCGAGUCAUUACCAGGCACAGAAGCAUACGAUAAUGGUCCAUGUGCGGCAAUCUUCUGUGCCGUCUUCUUUUUUGCAUACACAAGGUCUUCUAACCUAGCACAAGCACACCCCCACACACACACACACAUACCAUGCUCUGUUUUGAUUGGUCAUUCUUGCCGAAGCACAAGAGAACCCAAUAGAUAUUCUCAGGGUCCUACUAGCUCUCUGGUUUCAUGUCUACUACUUCCAUGGAGAUAACACUGGUGCCGCGAUUGGCUGACUCGCAUCAUAACGAAUUUUAAAGAUUCAAUAUUUCAGUAUCACGUUAUUUAAUUAAUUAAUGAAUACAUCUUGGUAUGCAUGAGCAAGCGCAUAUAUAAGCAAAAAAAACACAAAGCACGAAAUAAGUGAGUCACUUUUCAGUGUGUCGCAAAAAUAAAAGGAGAAGAAAGUGCCAUCAUCAUUAUAAAGGUCUUCCGAGGCAUUUUUUUUCCCGAAGGAAAUGCUGAUUUUCAGUCGUAGCAUCUCAAACUUGUUAGGCUGUAGAGGAGUUGGUCUUUAAUCUCAACAGGAGGAUUCUUCGGGGGUCCGUCCCUCAGAGACUUUCUCGUGUCUCAGCUUUCUCUCUCGCUUUCUCUGAUGAGAUGUCGCAAUUGACGCAGUUAUGGCAUGUUACCAAAACACUUGUUAAGCAUGCAUGGACAUGUAUGUAUGGGUGCCAUAGAGCGGUGCGUGGGUUAGAAAUCGCGUCCUUCGUAGCUUUGUAUGGAAUCACCGCAGUCACAGUGAAACAUUUUAAUGUAUUUAAAAAAAAACAUCAUGUUUUUUUUGUGUAAUCUCUGAGCCAGUUUGUUGUGAUUCAAUGAUUUAAUUAAGAUAAGAGGGGACAGCGGUUUGUUGCCAUUUUUUUUUUUAAAGAUGCCACUUGUUUCUAAAAUGAAGUCAUAUAAACCAUUGUGAAAGCAAUAGUCAUCUUAACUGAAUGAUAGUAGUUUUAAUGUAGUUGUAUAGAGUUGUUCUAUUGAUAGACGUGUCUUAUUACCUCUUCUUAUUGUAAAGUAACAUAGUACAUAAUUCUAAAGAAGAAAACGUGUUUUUUUGGUAAAGACGCUACAGGAUCAUAAUGUAAUCUUAAUGUUUACCAUUGCUCUUCUGUUAUUGGUUCCUUGCCUCUUUGUGGGAGGCUGUGACAGGGCAGCAGUGAAAGCCGUUGGAUAAUGAAGAAGGGCAUGUUGGUGGGAAGUGGGAAAGACCAUCGCGAUGGCAUCUACAGUACGUUAAACCCGGCGCCAUGACUGGACUGUCAAGCAUUUAGCGAGUGUUUGCGUUUAGAUAAAACAGCAAAGGAAGUUACACAAUUCCCUUAAUUACUCUGUUCGCAUUUUUAACACUUGUUUUAUGAUAUUAUGAUAAUGCAGAUUCAACCGUUACAGUCAGAAUUCUUAAUCUCAACAUGGGUUUGAUUCUCUGGCGGAGAAGAUGCAGUUGCUCUAGCAGUCCACCAGGUGGUAUGGAUUGGGUACUCAGGUUAGCGAAGGCACAAUAGCACAAACUAAGGCUAAAUGGUCGGUGUUAGGAUGACAGGCUUGAUAACGAUAAUUAUGAUGAUGAGCACACAUUUUUUCUAACCAGGUUUUCAUUUUCAUUAUUGAAGACGAGAUUGAAUUAUAUGUACCUUUUUCUUACCUUGUUAGCACAUAUCUCAUAUUAGAUCAUAUUAUGCAUCCAUUCCACAAAUCGUGCCAAAAGAAUUACAAGAGCUAAUUUCUGUUACAUAUUUUACAUAAAAAAAAACAAUUACUCAACAGUUACUCCUCUAAAGGUGCGUUCACACCAAAAGCAAAGCGAAUAUUCUAACUUUUAUUGUGCAAAGGAUUCAGAAUCAAGGGAAAUUCAACCGUCAAACUCAAAAUAUUUCAAUUUGAAUGAACACACGAAUGAGGCAAAUUUGUGUCAUUCGCACGAGUAGGAUUUGAGUGAACCACGUUGUUUGCGCUGAAAAAUGUACAUCUAUUUGUUCCUCUGCCUUGGUUUUGUAUGUAUUCAAAGUCAAAGUCAAUCAAAGCCAAAAAUUUGCUUUGGUUUUGGUUGAACACACCUUUAAACAGACCAGGUUUUGUGAUGCAUCACCGUGGUCUAGUGGGCCGGCCUAACAAUAUCGACCAAUGGCAACAUCAUUGGGGCCUGAUCUACUUCCUAAGAAAGCAAUAGGUACUACCAAUAUCUCCUGAAUGAUAAUCAAACCGUUUUUACUUGAGGAAACUUUGAUAUUGCUGACGUAGGGGGAACAGUUUGCAAAGACUCUUUAUCCUUGGAAUAGAUAUCUUGUGCUAAUUCUAGCUUUAAUUUUGUCCGACCAUUUGAUCUUCCCACCUGGAUGGGAGGUUAUAGGGACCUCACCACAACCCCUAGAUGGUGAAAAGUCUUCAUUUUACUAACCUUUUUGUUUCAUCUCUCUGUCCGAACAUAAAAGGUUGCUUGAAAGGUUUCAUAAUGAGGUAGCUAAAUUAAAGCUAACUUAUUGUAUACAUUAAAUAACUGAUAGGAACAGUGUAAGCCUAGACUCAAUUUGGCAUGAUGAGGGAAUCUUGUCAGUUUGCCUUGAUUUUUUUCAGACCACCUUCCAAUCAAAGUAUUUUACGCAUGUGAAUACAAUAUUCACAGUAUAUAAGAAGUGGGACAGCGCGUUGAUUCAACUGAUGGCCACCAUUCAAUUCAUGCCGGUCUUCUGUUUUAUUUCUGUAUACUGCGAGCCCUACUGCCGCCAUUUUGUGUGUCUCUAUAUCACACCCUAUACCAUCUCCGCCAGCCCUACCACUCUUCCCACUCUUUUGUACAGUAAUGUAAAAACAUAAUUAUAAUGAUAAUAAUCGGGCUGAUGUGUGUAGGUGUAAUGUUUAUCUUUGUUUUUAUUUUGAGGGGGGGAGGCAGGGUAGGUGUUAUUUACGGGAGGUUCUGAUCAUUGGUUUGGUUCUUCAUUGACUGCUUUGUUAUUUUCUCGUAGGUGUAAUUUAGGUAAUGUUGUGCGUAUCGUGUUUACUCCCGAGUAGUGUACUAGCGGCCGCUGCUGAGCGUGCACGUAGAACGCACACGUAGAGCGGCCGUAGUGUUAGCGCGUAGCUGUCCUCAUGUUUCUAACCCGUCGAGGCUAGCCGAGUCUUUUGUCUGCUAAUGAACACAGUCUACCUUUUAAGAAAAAAAAUGUUUUGUACUAAAAGAAAAGAGAAAGAAAACGACAUACCGUAUUCUAUCGGCAAGAUUUUAAGCAUCAUUUAUGUUUUUGAACUUGUAUACAUAGAAAAGUUAAAUAGAGCAAGACGAAGCCAGCUGAUAUCAAACGUAUUGCCAAACACGAUGCUUUUGAUCCAAACUUGAAGCACUUGGGUAUUGCAGGAGGUUUUUACAGCCAGUUUGGUCAAGACGAAUGGCAUUUUAGUGGCAAAUAAAGGCCAUUCUUUUUAACAGUUCUUGAAAGCAUUUUACAAAGUGUGGUGCCAACUGACACAUAGGAUCCUUAUUGGUAUUGACAUCAAUUUUUGUUCCUCAAAUAGUUUCACAAUUUGAUGAAUCCUACCUUGUUUUCACAGUUUAAGAAGCUACAUCGUGCUAUCUUCCCAUCUUGCAGUUGGUAGACCCAAGAGCAGUUUACCAAUUCCGGGGUUUCAGUGAUUUAAGGAGGUGAGGUUAGAGAUGAUCUUUAGAAGUUGAAGUGUCUGAUUCCAACUUAAAAAUGUUAGUGGCUCCUUUUUGGAUUGCUUGGUCAUUGCUGGCAUGGAUAAAAUCAAUAUGUUGAUCCAAUUAGUGAGAUGGUCAAAGAUUGUGCAAUUUGAGAGGGGAGAGAUUUAUUUAGUUAUUUACUCGAAAACACAGAAACACUACUGAAGCGCUCUACCUUUCAGCCCGGAUAGAUGCCUAGAAAGUAUUUUGGUUGUUGAAAUGUGCUACUGCAAGGUUUUGAGGCAUGGUGCAACUUUGAAAGAUUUUUUCAAAUAAAACUGUGAUUAUUUUGUUUUGUUAUGAUAAUUUGUUUGUGAUUUGUUGCAAUUCUCUGACAAUUGCAGAAACAACCUUGAAUUUCGUACUACUACUGCUUCUCAUACAUGCUAAAUGUCUAAUGUAAUUUAAUAUCUAUAUCUAUAUAUAGAUAUCUAUGUAUCUAUAUAUAUAUCUAUAUAUAUAUAUAUAUAUAUAUAUAUAUAUAUAUAUAUAUAUAUAUAUAUAUAUAUACAUAUAUAUAUAUAUAUAUAUAUAUAUAUAUAUAUAUAUAUAUAUGUAUGUAUUCUAUCAUGUCAUGUCAAUUAUGCCUUUUUUCAGUGGUCUGAAACACAACACACUGAUGGUUGAAUACUGCUGUCAUUGCUCUGCCGAUGUGAAAACCUUCACAAGAAGAGGGGAAAUAAAAGCACAAAAGAGAACACAGCCCUGCGACAUUCUAUCAUAUCUAUCUAUCUUCAAAUCUAUCCAUCUAUCCUCUUGUCUAUCCGUCUAACAGUGUGUUCAACCUUUUAGGGCCAAAAUCCAUUGAAAUGUCUUAGUCCUGUCAGCUGUAUAUCGUAAAAUGUUCAAAUACAAAAUGGCAAAUAAAAUCUAUUUUAAAGAUCA